AUGGAAUUAACGGGAUCGAGUUCAAAAGGACGACUUUUGUUACUUCUGUGUGUUAUUUCUUACAUCUGUGUCUCCACUGAUGCUGAGGCGAGUUGCAAACUCAAGGCCAAAUUCAACCUGAGUGGUUAUAAGGAUGUUGUGAAGAAGACAGUAGUUGUUGGUGGUAUGUUCCCUGUUCAUCAACGUCUGGCUUCAUCUGACAGCAACACCACAAAUGCUCCAGAGUCUACUGGAUGUGAGGGCUUUAACUUCCGUACUUUCCGCUGGACUCAGACCAUGCUGUUUGCCAUUAAAGAGAUCAACAACAGGGUGGACCUGUUACCCAACACUGAUCUGGGUUAUGUCAUCUAUGAUUCCUGCUUCACCAUUUCCAAGGCUGUAGAGGGGACCCUUACCUUCUUGACUGGCCAGGACGAGGCUGUGCCCAACUAUCGCUGUGGGGAUGGGCCCCCUCUUGCUGCUUUGGUGGGGGCUGGAAGCUCUGAUCUGUCCAUCGCCACAGCCAGGAUCCUGGGCCUAUACUAUUUCCCACAGGUAGGUUACGCAUCUUCAUGCUCCGUUCUAGAAAGCAGGUUCCAGUACCCCACAUUUCUUCGCACAAUCCCUAGUGAUGAGCACCAGUCUGUGGCCAUGGCGCAACUUGUGCUUCAUUUUGGCUGGACCUGGGUUGGUACCAUCGCUGCUGAAGAUGAUUACGGGAAAUACGGCAUCAAGAGGUUCAAAGAGGUGGUUGAGGAAGCCGGAGUGUGCAUUUCCUUCUCUGAAACCCUCCCCAAGAUCAGCAACCCAGAGGCCAUCCAGGGAAUUGUGAACAGCGUACUGGAGUCCACUGCUAAAAUCAUUGUUGUGUUCUCCUCUGACGUGGAUCUGAGCCCCCUAGUGGUAGAACUAUUGAAUCACAACGUCACCAACCGAACCUGGAUCGCCAGUGAGGCCUGGAUCACGUCUGCUGCCAUCUCCCGGCACCCCAACAUUCUGCCUGUCCUGGGAGGCACACUAGGGUUUGCAGUCAAACGUGCAGAAAUACCCGGCCUGGAAGACCACCUACUACACAUUGAUCCCUAUCAGGACCCUCUGACUGAAGAGUUUUGGGAGACAGCCUUCAGCUGUACUCUGGAUUAUGCAAAGGCAAUGAGAAACACCAAAGCAAGAGUGAUCAGAGAAACAGGGAAUAUUACGCUGGCUCAGGACAUUGCUAGAAUGGCGCCAGAAGGCCUCUGCAAUGGACUUGAGAUGAUAAAGAAGUUAAAUAAUACAUACUCAGAUGUGUCGCAGUUAAGGAUUACAUAUAACGUAUAUAAGGCUGUAUAUGCCGUGGCACAUGCCCUACAUAACCUGGAGCACUGUGAUCCAAAGAACAGCCCUUUUGAGAGCGGCAACUGUGCUGACAUUACCAACUUCGAACCUUGGCAGCUGAUGUACUACCUGAAAAAUCUCAGAUUCAAUGUCCCUCACACUGGGGAAGAGAUAUUCUUCAGUAAUGGCGAUGUGGAUGGCUUUUAUGAAAUCUUAAAUUGGCAGAGUGAUUCAGAUGGAGGGAUUAUAUAUAACCACAUUGGUUACUAUAACAGCACAGCGCCCCCAGAUGAGAGGAUGACAAUUGACAAUGCCUCUAUCAUAUGGAACAAUGAUGUUCUGGAGAUACCGCGCUCUGUGUGCAGUGAGCGGUGUGAGCCCGGCACCAGGAUGGGUAUCCGGCAGGGAGAACCUGUCUGCUGCUUUGACUGCAUCCCCUGUGCAGAUGGCGAGAUCUCUAACACAACAGAUGCAAGAGGUUGUAUCCAGUGCGAUGAGGACUACUGGUCCAAUGCCAAUCAUGAUGAGUGUGUACCGAAGACCAUUGAAUUCCUGGACUUUGCCGAACCUCUUGGGAUCACACUGAUCAUCAUAUCUGCUUUUGGGGCCCUUGCGACAAUUGUAGUUGCAAUUGUCUUCUUGAUGCACCUUAAUACACCUCUGGUGAAAGUCAAUGACCCUCUGCUUAGCUUCUCCUUGCUACUGGGUUUGGUGAUCACCUUCCUUUGCUCCAUUGCAUUCCUGGGAGAGCCUCAAAAGUGGUCUUGCAUGACCAGUCAGGUGGCACUGGCUGUGGGUUUUGCUCUAACCCUCUCCUCACUCAUGGGAAAAUCCGCUCUGCUUAUGCUGAGAGCCAGAGCAGUAAAAGCUGUCAAAACUGAUGCCAAGAAGGCCAAAGCGGCAGCAACAGCCUCUGAGCAGAGCCCUGAUACUGCUGUCAUCGCCCCAGCUGUGCCACAGAAGAAUGAUGUGGAUCCCAUACAUCCCAGGCACCAGAGAGCGAUAAUGCUCGUGUGCACCCUGAUCCAAGUGGUGGCCUGCACUGUGUGGCUGAUUCUGCUUCCCCCACACCCAGUGAAGAAUACAGCUGCCCAGAACAUUAAGAUCAUCCUGGAGUGCGACCCUGGAAACAUCAUCUUCAUCUGCUCCAUCUUUGCUUAUGACAUUCUUUUGGCUCUGCUGACUUUCACUUUUGCUUUCGUGGCACGAAAGUUGGAAGACCACUUCAGCGAGGGCAAAUGUGUGACCUUUGGCAUGCUGGUCUUUUUCAUCGUUUGGAUCUCAUUUGUGCCAGCCUACCUGAGUACACGGGGGAAAUUCAUGGUGGCGGUGCAAAUCUUUGCAAUCUUGGCCUCCAGCUUCGGUCUGCUGGCAUGUAUCUUCAUCCCUAAGUGCUAUGUUCUGCUUAUCAAGCCAGAGAGGAACAAAGAGGAGAUGAUGAUUCCGAGACCCAAAUCUCGUGACAUGGCCAUCAAUGGAAGCUCUGUAUCUCUCUCCACCACCAGCAGCACUGCUAAUCACAGUGGAACUACUGUGUCCACUGUGUCUCUAGAUGACUGAAGCCAGUCCCUCAAAAAUCUAUCUACUGUAUCAUUUUGAAUGUAAAAGUCUUAUUUGUUGGACUUCACCAUAUUUUCAGGAUCUUUAAUAUAACUGUAGAUUCCAGAUCUAAAACAUAUUGUAAUAACAGUAAAAGGUUUUGAAGGGGUCAUAUCAUUCAUUUUCAGUUCAUUUUUCCCCCAUAAUGUUAGCAACGUUUUUACGUUGGCUUCAUUAUGCAUACAAAUUUUGUUUUUAUGACAUAUUACACCCUCUCUCUGACUCUUAGAAUUAAACUCCAAUCCUUCAAUAACAGCCUCAUUGCAAAGCUGGCAUUACAUUGUAGUUUAGAAAACAAUCUUUUAUAGGCCGCAAAACUGUUAAGAUCAAAUUGAAAUGAUCAGGGACCUUGUUAAACACCACAACUCGUUUUUAACAUUGGGAUCCUUCAUGGGGAUAUGCAGAGCAGCAGGUGCUACACACAGCCAUGAACAGCACAAUGUUUGAAAGACUUUUCCACAUUUACUCAUGUAGAGAAAAAGUAUAUAUCCUACUUACUACCUUUUACUUCACUAUUACUGGGUGGGCCAAGUUUCUUAAUGAUGAAUAGGCAUAGUUGGCACGUUAAUGUGGGUGCUCAUGUGUUCAAAUAUGUCUGACGUCAGAAAGUUGGGGAAGUACAAAGCUAGUCGUUUAGCUUAGUUUCAAUAAUUUUUCUUUCUUCUUCUUCACCCAGGAUAAAGUUUUGAGUUCUGGCAGUUACAGUAUGUUUUCAUAGCACUAUUAACUAUUUCCCUGAUCUCAAAAGAUCAGGGAAAAUUUGAUUCCUCAUGAAAUGACCCCUUUAAAUGAGCAUGCAUUUGCACUCAGGGAUGUUUUUAUGAUUAGUUUUCACAUAGCUGUUCUAAUUACAAUAUAAAAUCUGCUUUUGACACAUUUAAAAAAUAAACUUAUGAGGGGCAAUCUUUAGUCAACAUAGAGGUUAACAUAAUGCAGAUCCUUAACUGCAGGUGGGAGCAAUGAGACUUCAGCUGCCAUACUGAGAGCAGAGAUACUGUGGGUGAUACAAUAAAUUAAACAAGAAUUAAAUACUAUUCUAUUUGUUCUCAUUUGUUAUAAAAAGGAAUUAUUGUGAUAGUUUUGCCAACAUACAAUGAACUAUAUUUUUGUGAAAUACCUGUGCUGUUGACUUUUAGUGUGAAUUAAAAAUUAUGUCAUUGUUUUAAAGGGAAAGUUAGGCUAGGCUGGAUGUGUUAUUAGAUACAUGAGAGGCAUAAUGUAUUCAUACAAUAGUUGCAUCCAAUGUGGCCUGUUUAGAGUUACGCUGA